CGGUGUCAAUCAGCCGUGCGGCUGAGGCCGGCGCAAGUUGAAGGUGGGUUCGGGGCCAGUGUCACUCACUGUGUGAUCCCUGAUGACCAGGUACCAUGGGGGAUGCAAGUCCACGAUGUACGCUUUGACUUCCUUUUAAUCCCAUUGCUGACUAUUUACAUGAGCUACAGUAACAUGGCGAAGGCGCUUCGUUUUGGUAGUGUUACCACAUCAAAGUGAUUCCCAACCCAACUUGUCACUUGCUUGGUCACAGAGGGAUGGACGUUCGGCAGGAGGAGAAGCUUUCUCAGCUGGUGGAGGAUCUCACCACCUCAGGACAGCAAACGCUAAAUCCAGAAAAGAUGAGGGAACUGAAGAAAAUCUGCAAGUCAUCUGAGGAGUGUGUCAAGCAUGCAUACCAUUUAAUUAUGAGACAAUUAAAUCAAGAGCACUCAGAGAUUCGGCUGUCUGCCUUCCAAAUAGCAAAUGAACUUUUUGUGCGUUCAAGUCAGUUUCGGUUACUGCUCGUUUCGAACUUUCAGGAAUUCUUGGAGCUAACUGUAGAAAGUGAUAAUGAGCAGCCUCUGCCUCCACCAAAAGAAGCAGCUCGGAAACUGAAGGAAAUGGCAAUUAAAGCUAUACAGGAGUGGCAGGACAAAUAUGGAAAUGCUUACAAGAAACUCUCCCUGGGCUAUCAGUUCCUGAAGCAGGUUAGAAAGGUGGAUUUCCAGGAUAUUCGUGCUAGAACUCAAGCUGAGAGAAAACGUGAGGAAGAGAGAUUGAAAAGACAGGAGAAUAUUAAUAAUGUCAGAGUGAAGAGAGUGGAAGAAGAAAUGAAAGAAAAGUCAGAAGAAAUUCAGAGCACUUUGACAGAAUUGGAAGAGUGCUUCAAAUUGCUGCUGCCUCAUCUUUCUGAGUUCAGCUUUAGUGAUGUAAGCUCUCAGUGCAAAUCAGAACUGCCCGAUAAAGUGGAUAAUGGCAACUCUACAACCAGCGGGCGGGGAGGUGACUAUUGGUGUACCACCAAUCAUAGUGAUGAUGAGCAGCCUUGCAGCAGUAAGGACCUGGUCCCACUGCCUCAGGUGAACAGAGCUCCUGCAGAGCAGGAAUCCAAUGAAGAGCUGGAUGACUUCAGUCAAGAUGAAGAAGGUGAAAGUGAACAACUUGAAGACAAUGAAGAAACCUUUAUCAGGAGUCAUGGGCUUCUUUCACAUAAAUAUUCUCUUGACUUAGAAAUUAAUACAGGUUUAAAGAUCGAAGAAGAUGAAGACAAUAGUGCUAUAAUUAACAAUAUAAAGGAUUUGCAAAGACUAAUUGCUAGUAAAUAUCUGCCAACUGUACAGUACUGGAUCCAGGCAUUCACCAAAGCUGGUAUUACUGAUGCCCGAUUAAGACGUGCCAUUGACUUAAAAAGCGCAAUAGAUGCAGCAGUGAAAAAGCAUGAUGAGAUGAACAUUGGUUACAAAGAAAGAGAGAGAAGAGUGAUGAAAGCAGCCGAUGAGGAUGAUGACGAUGAUGAUGAUGAUUUUGUUGAAGUUCCUGAGAAGGAAGGUUAUGAGCCACACAUUCAGGAGCACCUUCGGGAGGAGUAUGGACUGGAGCCCCUGAUACAGAAGACCAAGGGAACAGUGAAAAGAAUAACACCAUGUGCUGGACCCCCAACAUGGCGGAGGAAUGAUGAGGAACUUGAUCCAACAUGUGCUGCAGCAACAUUAAAAAUCUGGAAGGAACAGCUUUCUUCACAGAUGUACAGCCUUGCUCAAACCUCCGAGGAUGGUGUUCAGGCAUCCACAUCAGCAGGACCCGAAUUGUUGAGUGAAGAAGCCAAGAAAAGAAAAAUGGAAGAGAUGAAAAAAGCCCCUGUUGUACCCUUUGGGUUAGACCUUCACUACUGGGGAGAAGAGCAGACUACAUCUGGCAAAAUUCCCAAAAUUGAAACUCCACAUCGAUUCUUGGAGUCCAAGCAGAUGGAGGAUGAUUCGGAGAAUGUGGAGAUGGCAGCUUUGCUGAAAACCAGAUACAUAACCUUUGCAGGAAAGUUUGAGCCAGUUAAGCACAGAUGCCGAGCACCCAUGCCCAAUGGAACACUUUGUGAACGCCAAGAUCGAUUCAAGUGCCCUUUCCAUGGAAAGAUUAUCUCCAGGGAUGCAGAUGGAAAUCCUGUAAAUCCAGAAGAUAUUCAAAGACUGAGGCAAGAAGAAGAGAAAAAGCAAAAAGAGCAAGCUGACUGGCGGGAUCCAGAAUUGAUGCGCGACAUUGAAGCUGCCACAGGAGCAGAUCUUGGCUCCUCAAGAUGUGAACAAAAAGGAAAAGGGAAAAAAGGAAAAGGAAAAAAGAAGAAGUAUCCGAAUCUCACUGACUUAAAACAGGAGAAUAAUACAGCUCGAUCCAGGCUGGAGAAGCGAGUGUUCAACAAGAACUUACCUGGCCUUACCUCACUUGGAGUGAAGCUCGUCCUCCGCCUCUUCUCUUCGAAGCGUCUCGAGUCAAAGCCUCAAAUAUCCACUCCUUCACUGGUCCACUCACUCACUGGCUGCUUUCCACAGGCUGCUCUGCUUGAGAGCUUCCUUGAAACGAGUCUCCAAAGCAAUGGCUUCUCUAGAUAAAAGAAAACAUGAAAAGUUUGCAAACCAGUUCAACUAUGCAUUGAAUUAAGGCCAACAAAGGCUGGAAAUAAUCACUAUUAAGUGACCAUGCCUCAACUUUUACAUCAUUUGUACCAGAAAUUUAAAACCACCAAUAUUGCCGAUUUUCUAUAGACUGCGGAAUUUUAAGAUUCCAGUGUACAUGUUUUAUUGUAAUGUAUUUAAAUAUAAUUUUUUUUACAUUGAGUGCCAAACUUAUAUAAAAUAUAAUAUUUAAUGUAUGUUGUUUUAAAAGAUGGUAAUAAUAAUUGAUGAUGUGAUCACAGAAUUGCAGGAACUUAAGAUUUGUUCAUGUAGUUUUGUUGAACAUUACACUGAAGAAAAUGAACUGAUUCAUUAACCUUCCUGGCAAUUCAGAUCAAUUUAAACUUUACUAUGAUCUACAUUUGUUUUUCUUUGUAAAUAUUUUAAUUUGUUAAUGGUUUUAAACUUUUAAAAAUGAUUUAACAAAUGAUGUUUCCUUAUUCUUUUCUAACUCCAAUUGUUCCCCUGAUUUUAGUUAGAUUAGAGGGGGGAGCUUUUAGUGGGGAACAAAUGUGAAGUGCUGUAGCUGAGGGUUGGAAAGCAGAGUUUGGAGAAUUAUUGGGUUGAAGGUAGAGAGAGAAGAGGAUGAGAAGGAAGUGGAGCUGAAUUUCACCAUGAUGCUAAAUAAUAAGAGAUAUAAAUAAAAGAUUGAUUGCUAAAGUGCCCAUAUAUUUAAAAUGUAAAGACUUGGCAGAUUAGACCAAGUAACAGACUGAUACUUAUGACAAAAGUGCAGCAACAGUUUUGAAUGAUGGAAAACUGGAGAGAGGAUGAGAAUGUUGCAUAACUCACAGAUCCAGGUAACUGAAAGAGAAGAUUACAAUGCCAUUUACAUAUUAAAAUGACUGCAUUCUUAA